CACUCACGGCUUCUCUCCAGUCUGAGUACUCAGAAAGGACUGGGGAAGGAAGGUCAAUUGACACCGGAACUAGAGUGGCGCAGCGUCUGGUUUCACAGGGGGAGGUUUAGGUAGCCUUCCCCAGAGCCGAACUUCUGCUUCCGGUCUUCGGAUCGGUCCGCGGUAGCUAUGGAGGAACCGGAGAUGCAGCUCAAGGGAAAGAAAGUCACAGACAAGUUCACUGAGAGCGUCUAUGUCCUGGCCAACGAGCCGUCCGUGGCCCUAUACCGGCUGCAGGAGCAUGUGCGCCGCUCUCUGCCCGAGCUGGCUCAGCAUAAGGCCGACAUGCAGCGGUGGGAGGAGCAGAGCCAGGGAGCCAUUUACACAGUGGAGUAUGCCUGCAGCGCCGUGAAGAACCUCGUCGACAGCAGCAUCUACUUCCGCAGCGUGGAGGGUCUUCUCAAACAGGCCAUCAGCAUCCGGGACCACAUGAACGCUGCCGCCCAGGGCCACAGCCCUGAGGAACCACCCCCACCCUCCUCAGCCUGAUCCCAGAAGAGACUUGGAGGUGCUUUGGCCCCUCUGACGCAGCCUGCCACGUGCCUGCUGCUUGCUCCACUCACACACAUUCUCUCAGGCAGAGCCCAGCGUGGCGGUUACCCACCCAGCUCAGGAAUCUUCGCCCCAUUGCCGACCUGCUGUGUGACCCUGAGAAAGUCCCUCCCCUCUCCAGUCUCUGCUUGUCCCUUCUGUCAGAGAGGCUCGUCAGGCAGCAGAGGGUGCUGCGCCCAGUGCUGUGUGUUGUAGCUGUCAGCUACUGCUGCAUGACAGACUCUCCCAGAACUUAGGGGCCUACACACCAGUCGUGGGCCUGCUCUCAGUUCUCCAACGUGGGCUGGGCCCCGCUGGGCAGGUUGGCCGGGCUGACCUGGAGGCCGCCAUCUGGCACUCAUCAGAGUUUGCUGGGGCUGCACAGUCAGAGGCGGCCUUGCUGUCACAUCUGAAUCUUGACCAGUGCUGUCUGGCUGCUGGGGGUCCAGUCCUCCUGGGCACGGCCUCCUGGGCACGCCAGCCCAGGCUUCUCUGGGGACCGGGUGCCAAAGAGAGCAGCCCCGGCGUGCACGACGUUCACCUUGCAGCUGUUCCAUUUGUCAAGGCCAGCCACGUGGCCAGGCCCAAAAGCCGAGGGGAGAGGCCUGCAGGGAGGCAUCAACACCAGGAGUGUGGCUGACCGCGUGAGGAGAGCACAGCGCCCAGGAAGGCCGCGCAUGUUGCUCUUCUGUGCCCGUGGAGGGCAGACCCCUGCAGAUGGGAGGCCCCUGAGGGACUUUCUAGCCCUUACUCUUGUAGCUCUCAAAGCCCUGCUCAUUUGCCAGGCACUGUGAUGGUACUCUCAGAGGGCUGGGGUGGGGACCAGGCCUUCACAGCCCCAGAGCAACAGCGCCUCCCCAGAGCCGAGAGGCAGCAGAGCUCCUGCCCGUGCGUCAUGAGGACUUCAUGAACAGCUGCUGGAUGCUACGUUUAGCUCUCUGGGGGUACUGGGGAGUCCCACAGGCUGUGGGAUCACCUAGGGGGCAUCCGGAGGGCCUGGAGCUGGGGAGCCUGCCAAGAGGGUCAAUAGCCCACCCCAGUGGCCUGCACAGGGUUGCCCACCAGCCCUGGGCCAUCAUCUUCCUCCGCCCAUGUCUUUGCCCUGGUCCCUCCCACCAUCCAGCCUCAAGGAUGCUGCCCUUCCGACACCCGUGUCUUCUACUGUCCCUCUUCUGCUGCAGCCCCUCGGAAUAAAACGCUCUGUGGCUCCUCUG